UAUAUGCGUGUGUGUGUGUGUGUGUGUGUGUGUGUGUGUGUGUGUGUGUGUGUGUGUCUAUCUGACUGCAGGCAGAGAUAAUACAGUCUUUUCAACGUGGAAGAUAGCUCCUCUUUUCCACUGAAAAAAAGUCUUCUUAUUCUAAAUCUGCUGUUCAGAAAGUUAGUCAGUAAAGCAGUAUCCACCAGCUAUGGCUUACCGUCUGUUUGAAGGCAAGGAUCAUGCUGCUUCCUAUUGGAAGUACAGGAUUUGUCCAUCAGAUCACCUGAUACAACAGGUGCUUGACUUCCUGGAAAAACAGAAAGGUCAGCCCUAUGAGCUUGCAGUGGAUGUGGGCUGUGGCUCAGGUCAGGGCACUUUGCUGCUGGCCAAACACUUUGCUUCUGUGGUGGGGACAGAUGUGAGUUCUGCCCAGCUGGAAAUGGCUGUGCAGCAUGCUAAAGAGCCAAACAUCACAUAUAGACAGUGUGUGGCUGAGGAGCUGCCAUUUGCUGACAGCUCAGUGGACCUGAUGACAGCCAUGUCUGCCUUCCACUGGUUUGACAGGCCACGCUUUCUCAAGGAGGUCCACAGAGUCCUGAAGCCUCAUGGCUGCUUGGCUCUGCUCAACUACACCAUUGACAUGGAGCUCAGCUACCCCGACUGCUGCCCUCAGACACUCAACCAAGUCUGCAAAGAGUUUUAUGCAGCCUUGCAUCCUUACCGCAGUCCUCACCUCGGCCCCAGCUCGAUUGAGUUGUAUAGGGAAGCCUACGAAACCAUCCCUUACCCUGACAAAGAGUGGCAGGAGUGUAUGUGGGUGAGAAAGCCCAUGCCUCUGUCCAGCUACAUGGGGUUGGUGGAGUCUUUCUCCAGUUAUCAGGCUCUGCUGAGAGAUGACACGGAGAAGGCUAUCAGACUUUCCGAAGACAUCUGUCAAAGGUUCAUGUCGGUAAUGGGGGUCACCUCUGCACAGACAGAGGUGGUGGUGGGUGUGAAGUAUUUCUACCUGCUGGCCUGUAAAUCACAGCAAGCCUGACUCCUGUCAGCACUCACAUUUGCAAAGUCAUGAAUGUAGUGAAAGACACAGAAAUGUGUGCUACUGUACCAUCUGGGGUUUUACAAACUUUUCUGUGUUUUUUUUUUUUACAUUUAAAAUAUGGAAAUUUAAAUGGAAUAACAAGUUUUACAAUAACAAUUUGAACUCUUUGCUACAAA